UGUUGAAUAUAGAACUGUAUGGAAUCUGAAACUGAUUAUUUAUAUGAUAAAAUGAUGAAAUGGAAACUUAUGGCUUAUCCUUUGGCAUGUUUAGGAAGCCAUCAUCUAAGCAGGACAAAGACAACACAGACACUUGUGCCAGAGAGGGAACACAAUCUUCCAAGUCUUCAAAGGGUAAUCUCAGACAAAACCGUUGACUUUGUUCUUACCAAUUGUUUAUGCUAACCCCCAAAAAUUGUUUUUAUACAAGGAUUACCAUAAAUCACUAUAUUAAGACAUAAUGUUCACCUCACCUUUCUUAUCAAAGAUACAAGUUAGCAAAACACAGGCAUAUUCCUUUUCUCCUCAGUAGCCUUAUUUUCCCGAUAGUCAUAUUUAAGGAUAACCAUGGCUAUCCACAAGAUCCUUUUCGCUUCACUUCUAAUCUGCUUACUGAUCCAAUCCAUUCAUGCUGCUACCAAAGAAAGGCUCUUCUCUGAUCUGGAGAAAAGCGCACUUGAGGUCACCGCUACACCCAGCCGUGUUGGAGAAGGUGUUGUUUUAGCUGCAGGAGUUGAUAAGUUGAGCAUUACAUGGAAGGUAAGCUCGACUGCUACAAAGGAGCCUGAAUUUAAUGCCAUUAAAGUAAAGCUGUGCUACGCUCCGGCCAGCCAAGUUGACCGACCAUGGCGUAAGACAGAAAAUGAGCUCUUCAAGGACAAGAGCUGCCCACACAAAAUCUCUUCAUGGUCCUAUGAUCCCGCUAUGAAAACCGCUCAAUCAUUCGACUAUACCCUCGAGCGCGACAUCCCUACAGGGACCUACUUUGUUCGUGCAUACGCUGUUGAUGCUAAGGACCAUGAAGUUGCUUUUGGACAGAGCACAAACGAGGACAAGACAAGCAAUCUCUUCAGCGUUCAGGCUAUCAGUGGCCGCCACAAGUCCUUAGAUAUUGCCUCUGUCUGCUUCAGCGUCUUUUCCGUCGUGGCUCUACUCGUCUUCUUUGUUAACGAAAAGAGGAAGGCUAAGAUAGAGCAAAGCAAAUAAGGCGUUAACUUUGGGUGAUUGCCACAUUGCACAAAAUGGCGUUCACUUUGAAUUUACAACUUUUAUUAAUUGCUUUUUGUUGGUUUCUUCCUUUGUACCUUUACUUGCGUGUUUGUAUAGUCAUAUUAAACCAUUCGAGAAAUGGCCAAUUUCUUUUUUUU